AUGGCAGAAUACGUUCGUGUCGCCAAAGAUUUUGGCCAAGACUUCGAGACACACCGAAUCCGGCUUCAUCUAUCCGAGAUCCGGUUAUCUCAUUGGGGUAGCGUGGUUGGGAUUACAGACAUGGACGCUGAAACACCUCUUCGUUGCUCUCCCGAGGAGCAAGAGGUCGCGCAACGGACGCUUAAGCAGAUCAUUAAGCUAUUUCAGGUCACAGAGGAGAAGGCUAAAGGUUUGGAGAGAAGAUCGUCAGAGCCUGAGCUUAGCGAUCGUAUGAGGAAGUUGUGUGAUAAGAUGAACAAGCUGGCUCUGGGGAGAACGAACAAAGCAUCCAAGGCGAAGGACGGUCUGUACGCGAAGACGAAGUGGGCACUGUUCUCGCGUGAAGGAUUCGUCAACCUAGUCGAGUCUAUUACCAGCUUAGUCACCGAUCUUGUAUCCGCUUUCCCAGACGGCAUCAGGGAGAAGAGGGAGCGAUUGUGCGACGAGGACGCAGCGGAGCUCGUUGCGAAUGAACCAGAACUCUCAACCUUGUUGAAGGACGCCUUGGGCAAGGAUGACGAACAGAUGCAGGGCGCGUUACAGAAGGCUGUUGCUGCGACGCAUCAGAAUACCGCUACGUUCUCUGGAUCUGAUGUCAAACCCACGAAACAUUCACUUCAACUCGUUCCAAUACGUUCUUUGGUGCAAGUCGCUGCAUCAGAGCCCCGCCGCGUUCCGAUUACCACGCUGAGAAGAUCGAUUACCUUCUCCACACCCGCCGCAUUCAAACUCUACGAGCCGAUUACUGCGGCCGCCCGGACUACACGCGAUAACUCUGUCGCAAAUAUGCCUGAGACUAGCGUUAGACGCGUAGAUCCCCAUAAACUGGGAAAAAUCACGUUCAAGAAGUCGGAGGACUUGAUCGAUGAAUGGGACAUAGAAUACGACGGUACAGAGGGCGAGGCUAAUGCCGGAACACUGAAGCAAGCAGCGGAGGAGCUUGUGAAUACAAACACCCCAGUCGCCUUUCCUACGGAGACUGUAUACGGACUCGGCGCGGAUGCGACAAGAAGCGCGGCGGUAAAGGAGAUCUUCGCGAGUAAAGGACGACCAGCCGACAACCCUUUGAUCGUCCAUAUACACUCUUUACCUCAGCUACGAGCGCUGCUUCUGGGCAAACUAGACGUGGUAGGAGACGGGAAGGAUGCUGGAAAGGACCCCAUACCGGAUAUCUACCGGCCGGUGAUUGAGCGCUUCUGGCCUGGACCGCUUACCAUCAUCUUACCGGCUCCCGAGAAUUCGAUCCUCGCACCCGAAGUCACAGCAGGCCUUCCUACCUUCGGCGCACGAAUGCCGCGUUCUAUCAUAGCCCUGUCCUUGUUACGGCUAUGCGGUCGCCCACUCGCCGCACCAUCCGCAAACGCGUCCACACGACCUUCGCCCACCGCUGCGGAACACGUUUACGACGACUUGAACGGCAAGCUAAAUCUGAUAAUCGAUGGCGGGCCAUGCGAAGUGGGAGUUGAAAGCACAGUCAUAGACGGACUAUCGAGCCCACCUGCGAUACUGCGACCGGGUGGCAUUACUGUGGAACAAUUACGGCAAUGCCCAGGAUGGGAGAACGUAGUGGUCGGAUACAAGGAUAAGCAAGCGGAAGACUCGAGCAAACCGCGCGCCCCUGGAAUGAAGUACAGACACUAUAGUCCGAAGGCGUCGGUCCUUCUAUUUGAGGCAGGCGCGAACCAACCUACAUCGGACGAGCUGAAGAGCAAGAGGCGCAUUGGUGUCAUUCGGACCAGGAGUUGGGACAAAGUGUUGGGUUUGGGCGCCGAGAAGGUGAAGACAUCGGAUGCGAAUGGACCAGGAAUUUGCGCUUCACCGGACACGGCCGCUUCUUUAGACGCCAACGACUCGCCGUCGCGCCUUUCGAACCUUCUGCGGUCUGUCACUCAGCACCAGAUACCGCACGCCGACCACUACAUUGUGAAGCCUGAGGCAGUCCAGGUUUGGGAGAUCAACCUUGGUGCGAAGACCGAGGAUGUUGCCAGAGGCCUAUUUUCAGCACUAAGAGAGCUCGACAAGAAAGGCGUUGAGGUCAUAUAUGUGGAGGGUAUCGACGAUAAGACUGGUGACGAUAUUGCCGCCGCGGUCAUGAACCGACUCAGAAAAGCGGCAGAGAUCAGGAUAUGA